AUUCAGGAACAGCACCAGGUUGGCCGUGACGCCGUAGAAGGCCGCGCGCUCCAGCAGCUCAGUCAACAGCACCGCCCCGCACGCCGCACGCCGCCCCGCGAACACCCCGGCCGCCGCCGGCACUGCCGGCCGCCGCGAACCCAACAGCGGCGCCCGCUCGCCCUCCAUGGCCGGUUCCCUGAGGACCCGGUGGCCCAACUCUCGCGAGACACCUAUAACUGACUCUUAGUCCUGCUGAUAAGUAAGACUGAGUCUUGGAACGUUUGCUAAAAGACUGCUAAAAACUGGACCAGUGAGAUGGCUUCCCAAGUAAAGGCGCUUGCUACCCGGCCUGGUGAUAGCCUGAGUUCUAUCCCCCUGUGGGGAGCCCCACUUAAUGGAUAGACAGCAGACUCUGCAUGUCAUCUGAUGUCCUGUUCUGGCUUUUGAGGACACUGCACUUGGGUAUACAAACCCACACUUGGACAGCUACACACAAACACAAGUUUUAAAAUGGGAGAGGUUUCACAUGCAGACCUGGAAGUCUUGCUACACAAAGGGACCACCUAGAAGCUGCAGGCCACAUGUGUGUUCUGAGAGAUGCCUUUGAUUUUGAAAGCCCAUCUGAAAUUGCCAACCUGAUCGUGGAUGAAAAUCUGGAAGCAGCACUAGCUCUUCACCUCUACCGAGGAGGCAGACUUCUGCAAGGUCACAGCAUUCCUUUCGGGGUCAUUUUUGGUGGAACUGACUUAAAUGAAGAUGCCAAUCACAAAGAAAAAAAGGAAGUCAUGGGGAAAGUUCUGGAGGAAGCCAGGUUUGCUGUGGCUUUCACCGAGGCAAUGAAGGACACAGCUCAGGUGCAGUGGCCACAUGCAACUGGGAAGAUCUUUGUCCAGAGUCAAGGAAUUGCAACAAUACCAAAUGCCAACUUUAACUGGAACACCUUCCUCCAGCAAUCAUUAGGUCUGAUAAUGCUGUUCCCGAAAUGCUCACCUCAGGGUGGGACCUCACUCUGCCAGGAGAUUGACCAAAGUGCUGACAACCUGUACAUAUUCCUUAUAAUCUGUGGACUCAGACCAGUGAAGGAUCCUCUGUACCUUGUGGAUGCAUUCUCAGAAUGGCAUCAAGAAACACCCAAUGUUUACAUGGUGAUCGUAGGUCCUGAGGUAGAUCCAGUGUUUACAAGGGAAGUGAAAGAGCGGGUAAGGAGGGCUGCAGGGGUGCGGCUGAUCCGAGAGAUGUGCCAGGAAGAUCUGCAUGCAGUGGUGAAGAGCUGCUUUGCGCUGGUCAACAGCUCAGUCUCUGAGGGCAUGUCAGCCGCCAUCUUGGAGGCAAUGGAUUUGGAAGUUCCCGUGCUAGCCAGGAACAUCCCUGGGAACUCGGCUGUGGUAGAGCAUGGAGUCACGGGACUGCUGUUUUCAAACCCUCAGGAGUUCAUUCAGUUGGCAAAAAGACUGGUUAGCGAUCCCGCCCUGGAGAAGGAAAUUGUGACCAACGGAAGGGAAUAUGUGAGGACGCAUCAUUCCUGGCAGGUGGAGAGAGACACCUACCAGCGCCUCAUCAGGAAGCUAGAGACGAACUUGGAAGAGUAAAUGAUGGAAGUCCGUGCUCACCACAUCUGUCCCAACAACCAUCAGGUGCUCAGCUCGGGGCAGAUGCCAAAAGAUGGGACCCAGUCCUGGACCACUGGAAUCCUAGAGUCCCCAGGAACACAUCCAAACCCCACCCCACCCCAAGUCUCUUCCUGUUUGGCAGACAGUUCUGCUGUGCUUACAGCUCAGUUCUGGAUGGACUUAUAGCUCACUUCUGAAAGUGCUUGUGACUCAGUCCCAGAGGUGCUUACAGAUCAGUCAUCAGUGGGCUUGUAGGCUCACUGUUCAGUCCCAGAUGGGUUUGCAGCUCUGUGCAGGAGAUGGAGGUGCAUCUCAGGGGCUUUUGGAGGACUGUUUCAAGGACUGCUUUUACAACAUAAUGGAGGCUUAUUUAUAAGCAACAAAACCCAAAAAGGCCAGGAUUGUCAAUGGAGUGGAGCUGGCAGCAUUUUUGAUAUGAUCUUGAUCAACAAGCUAUCACGGGACAUGGGGGUGGCAGGGGUUGGUAGGGAGGUGGGCUGUGGUUGGCAUGCUAAUAAGCUCUGGAGAGGCUAUGAAUGUAUCAUGUUGUGUCACUUCUCACUAGUGUACCUGAGAGCCCAGCUUGCUUUCCAGAAGAGGCCCUGCCACCCCUGUAUGACAUCACAGGGAGUCUGGCUCUCAAGAUGGAGGCUGGGGGCCUUGAAUUCAAUGUGGGCGGUCUUUCCUCUUACUGCUAUGGAAUUGAGAACAAGUGUUGAUUGAGUCACAAGACUCCAGACAAUGGUGGGACCCAAGACUGUGACAAGAGGUCACUGGGGUAUGAGAAGUCAAUCUGGGCAGUGGGGGUAUCUUUCGAUGGGAUCUCCCUACAACAGUGCUCCGUUCCUCCAGCAACCCUUUUGUUGAAUUUCAACAAGGCUGUGCUACUGUGAGCAGGACAUGCAAUGGCCACUUGUGUAAGCAGCUUGGAGGAGGAGGAGGAGGAGGAAGAGGAGGAGGAGGAGGAGGGAGGAAAAACCGCAGCCAAUAGCCGCACGUGUGAAAAGUAUCAGGCUGUGGAAGGAAUGGAGGAAUAGUCAGAACCCAUAUCAUACUUGCUCCAACUCAGAAGGCUCGUCUGGGCCUUUUGCAUUUCUUAGCAGCAGCAAGCAUCUCCUUUUAAGAGAAGCAGGCUGGAAGGAAGCAAGCUUUGUAAACCAGAACUUCAGGGAUGAAAUCAGAGCCCGAUUCGAUAGAGGAUGUAAUUCUCAGCCUUAUAUUCUGUACCUCAGAUCCAGCACCGUCACUUUCACGUAGGCUCCAGCAGAGGCAGCAGCAAUCCCUCACUGCUUGAGCUUCAAGCAUUUGCAAGGCGCACUGAGAAAUGUGUCCAUUUCCUUGGCCCUCAGCCUGAGCUGGGGGUCUUACCUCUCUGGGCACAAGAAGGGGUGGUGGUGGAGGGGGUGUGUGGAGAGAAUCACGAGGCCUGAAUCUCCAUAGCAGCUCCUCUGAGCCCAGAGUUCAAACCCACCUCAGGAGAGGUGUGUAGAGGUCAGGUAUCACAGUUGUUUACAAAAACAGGAUGCUCUGGAAUGCUUGCCUCUCCUUUGCGUAGGGAUGACAUCACUGCCUGACCACUGUGCCAGCAUCACUAAGCUACAUCUGCAAAUGCCCUUUGGGGAAGGAAGGUUUCUUAACUAAUAAAGUGUGUUACCAUCAGCUAUA